AUGGUUAAUUCGGGGUGCCAGAGCCGCGCACGGUCGGAGUCAGGCCAGCUGGACCGAGAAGAGGACAAACAUGCUCCCAGGGAUCACCCCACAGGCUUCCUCUCCAGCCUCCUGAGGACCGGGCUGCCUGAGCGAGCAGAGGCUGAAGGUGUUCGGUGGGGCUCUCCAGGAGGCACUAAGCACUACAGAUACCACUGGUUUUCCAAGAAGCUGUCCAAGGGCUCUGGCUACCGCUGCACCCGCAUCACCCACAAGAUGUGGUUCCCCCAUCAUCAGCAAGGUGGCAGCCAGAUCGGACUCAGCCAGCCCCGGCUGCCCGGCUACUGCCCUGAGAGCCAUCCUCCUGGUCCAGGCGGGGUGAGGGUCAUUGGGCGCUCAGGGUCUGGGCACGGAGCUAUCUCCAGGGGUUCGGCGUGGGGUGGGUGGACCACGCUCACGAACCUCUCCCCCCGCCCGCCUGCUCGCGGCGGCUCCCGCGGGCUGCCCGGGCUGGGACUGCUGCUGGGCACCGCCGCGGGCCUCGGAUUCCUGUACGCCCUGUACAGACAGCGGUGGAAACGGACCCAGCGCCAUGGCCAGAACCAGCUCCUGCCCAACUCACUGGACGUCACGCAGACUUCAGAGCCCAGACGCCAGGUGAGGCCACUGCGAGCGGCCCCAGGGGAGGCUGGAGAUGCUGCGGUGCUGCCCAGCCUCCCACCAGAAGGGCAGGAGAUGGUGCUGGACCGCCUGGACUUCGUGCUGGCCAGUCUGGUGGCGCUGCGGCGGGAGGUGGAGGAGCUGAGGAGCGGCCUGCAGGGGCUUGCGGGGCAGAUCGUUGGGGAGUUCCGGUCCCACAUGGAGGAGAACCAGAGAGUGGCUCGGCGGCGCAGGUUCCCGUUUGCCCGCGAGAGGAGCGACUCCACUGGCUCCAGCUCCGUCUACUUCACAGCCGCCUCGGGAGGCACGUUCACGGACGCGGAGAGCGAGGGCGGUUACACAACAGCUAAUGCCGAGUCUGAUUAUGAGCGGGAGUCCGACAGGGAGAGUGACGACGGGGAAGAUGUGAGCUGUGAGACCGUGAAGAUGGGGAGAAAGGAUUCUCUGGACCUGGAGGCAGCGGUGGCUUCAGGCCCAGUUCCCAGAGCCCUGGAGGCUGACGGCUCCCCUGGCCUGGAGGACGUGCUGCCCCUCCUGCUGCAGGCUGACCAGCUGCACCGGGGCGGAGAGCAGCACAAGCGGGAGGGCUUCCAGCUGCUGCUCAACAACAAGCUCGCGUACGGAAGUCGGCAGGACUUUCUCUGGCGCCUGGCCCGGGCCUACAGCGACAUGUGUGAGCUCGCGGAGGAGGUGAGCGAGAAGAAGUCAUAUGCUCAAAAUGGCAAAGAAGAGGCGGAGGCCGCUCUGGAGAAGGGGGAUGAGAGUGCUGACUGCCACCAAUGGUAUGCAGUGCUUUGUGGUCAGCUGGCUGAGCACGAGGGCAUCCAGAAGCGCAUCCAGAGUGGCUUUAGCUUCAAGGAGCACGUGGACAAAGCUCUUGCUCUCCAGCCAGAAAACCCCAUGGCUCACUUUCUCCUCGGCAGGUGGUGCUACCAGGUUGCUCACCUGAGCUGGCUAGAAAAAAAAACGGCUGCAGCCUUAUUUGAAAGCCCUCCCAGUGCUACUGUGGAAGAUGCCCUGCAGAGCUUCCUGAAGGCUGAAGAACUACAGCCAGGAUUUUCCAAAGCAGGACGGGUGUAUAUUUCCAAGUGCUACAGAGAACUAGGGAAAAACUCUGAAGCUAGACAGUGGGUGAAGCUGGCCAUGGAGCUGCCAGAUGUCACUAGUGAGGAUUCAGCUUUCCAGAAGGACCUGGAAGAAUUGGAAGUCAUCUUAGGACACUAACCACAUUUCAGUGGCCUUCAUGACUUGAGGAAUUCCACUACUUAAGGGGGAUGAGAAUCAAGUCUUUUAUGUCCCCCUUAGACCUUGCUUAGAUCAGGAAACUGAGCAAGCCUGGUUAAGGGAGUAUCCUGAAUCCUGGUCUAACCAGUCCCUGCUACCUACCAUUCCACUGGUUAAUUCUUUAAUUAAUCUGAAAUUGGGGAUGCACCUGAGGCCUGGGUAUCUGUUGUAUUCUCCCUUAAAUUAAUUCUUGAAAAAAUCAAGACCUAUCCUAGGGCUGAGUGUGGACAGAGAACUGAAGGCAGCCUUCUAACUGCUGGUAAGAUGAAGGAACUGCAAAGAGUCAUAGAAACCAAACAGAGAACUUGUACUCUCUAAUCUGUCCACUGAUUAUUCAAUCCCAAAUUAUAAAUCACACCCCACAGGGAAGGGUCAGGGCUGUCCAUGGGACUGCCCUCUUCUCACCCAUCAUGUGGAUUCUAACUGUAUUGUUGGGCUGAGGGGCUGGACACUUGACUUCUAGUCUUUGCUGCUUUUUGAACAGCAGUGCGUAAGGCUUAUGAGACUCUGCAACGAUGAUUUGAGGAGUUGCCUGGAAUAUAUUUUGGUACCAACUUAAAAAUAAUAAACUAAAUUUGAUUAGAAGUGA